AUGAUCAAUGGUGACAGUAAGAGUCUAGUAACAACACUGAAUAUUACUAGUGUUCAACUCUCUGAUGCUGGAGUAUAUCAGUGUAGAGCUAGUAUUGAUGGUAUUGAUACUGUUAUAAGUAGUGCAGAAAAUCUUUGCAUUCAAGUUCCUGUCAUGAAUAGUUUAUUUGACACUAAUCUAAGACUAGGAGAUGUUAGAGAGUAUGAUUGUACAUUAGGUCAUAAUUAUAGACAAUCAGAAGUAAUUGUAUCAUGGCAAGAACAUACAUCUGGUAAAGCAUUUACAAAUCCUCUCAUAUUAACAGUGGAUCAGUCAAUCAACAAUACAGUGUAUAUUUGUAGUUUACUAAUUAUUGAAAAUCCAAUUAACUGUCCUUUUCAACAAGGGAAUGUAUCUGUUACAGUGAAAGAUACAUUUGUAAAGACAUUGGCAACUAAUACUGUCUCAUUAAUGUUAUCAAAUACUUCUCAACAGUUGGAGUGCCAUAUUGCUACUAACACUGAUAUUAACGCUACUAACACUGAUAUUAACAGUAUAGUUAAUGUAUCCUGGUAUAGAGACAAUGGUAAUGAGAACAGACUAGUAUCAGACAGUGAAGGAGUAUCUAUACUACCCAUUGUGUCUGUUACUAAUACAUCAUUUAUUAGUACACUGAGGUUCAGUCCAAUAACAUCAUCAACUCCAGUAUCAACACUUAGUAAUUACACUUGUGUAGCAUGGAUAGGAGAACAAUCAGUAAGAAAAAUAGCAUCAAAUAAUAUACAAGUUAUAAUGAAAAUCAAUAAUUCUAGAGAUGUUAUCAAUAUGUCUCUGAUGAAUGAAUAUACAGCUGGGGACAGUUUUAAUGUAGCUUGUAUGAUUACUGCUUAUCAAUUAUCACCUCCUAUUGCUACUAAGGGUACUAUUGACAUUAUUUACAACAACAGCAUCAUUAAGUCAGGUGUAGUUGAUAUUGGUGCCACUGGUAGUCACAAACUAUCUUUAAACAUUCCCUGCACUAAUUUCAAAUUAUCAUAUUCAGGGGAAUAUGUUUGUUCCUAUAUUCGUAGUAGCAAUUCAUUUGUUGAACCAAGUGAUGUUAAAUCAGCUACUACUAAAUGUCAUACAAAAGAAUUGUCAAGCAUAGCAUAA